ACAAUGGAAAAUGAUAUUCUUAUUGGUAAACAUAUCACAAAAGCUCAAGAAUUAUUACAAGAAAAUAUUGAUUUGCCCAGUGAUCUAGAGGAAAUUCAGUUUUAUUGUCUGAAACUUCGAGAAGACUUAAUAACAUCACUUGUUAAUAAGGAUACUAUUGAAAACAAUUUAAAAAGUGAAUUAUUAUUUAUUAAUGAUCAGAUGAAAGCGGAACAAUAUUCUAAAGAGUUAUUGAUAAAAGAAUUAACACAAGAAAACGAUAAUUUGCAUACACAAAUAGUAAAUUUUGAAAAUAUGAAAAAACAUUAUCAAGAAGAAUUAGAAAAAAUUUCAGAAAAAGAACACCAGUUUUCUAAUUUAAAAGCUCAGUUCCAAUUAGCUCAUCAAAAAAUUUUAGAUCAAGAAAGAAUGUUGGGAGAAUAUUCUAUAAUGAAAGAAAAUUCAGAAAUGCAAGCACAGUUGCUUAAAUCAAAUAUUCAAAAUCUUCAGUUUGAACUGGAAAAUAGAGAAAUGGUGCAGAAGGAUCUUGUUAAAUUAACCCAGUCUCUUCAAGUGGAACUUGAAAAUAUUAGGCAAUCAAAUAAUGAAGUAAGAUGGCAACAUGAUGAUGAUGUCACUAAUUGUUUAACUUGUAAAUUGGUUUUUCAUUCUUCCAAAGAAAAGGUUCACUGUUCCCAUUGUGGAAAGAUAUUUUGCAAUAAUUGCCGUUCAAAAGUGGUGCACGGAGGACCAAGAAACCGUCCAUUCAAUGUCUGUGCCGCAUGUUAUUCUCUUUUGGACCAAGAAACUGUACCCUAUUUUAGCAGUGAAGCAUUAGCUUCAUGUGAUCAAUAAUAAUGCUAUUAUUAUUAUAGUUUUAGAAUUGUUAUACAAAUUUAAAAGCUAUUAAUGUACAUAGCUGAAUUCACUUAAACUCUUAUUAAAAAUAGAUUAUAUAUAUGUACAAAUUAUAGUUCCAUACAUAUAUAUUCAAGUGCCAUCCAAUUAUAAUCUUUUUAAUCUCAAUAAUGUUGAU